AGGAUGGAAGCCGGACUGUUUUAAGACAAACGCACUCAUACAAGCAAAAUGAUAUACAAAUCUACAAGUAAAUACCAAAACGACUAGAAUUAGUGCAACUGAGUGGCUAGACUGCCACUCACCGGAAUUUACGUAAUACUUGGAAUCGUACCAAAACAACAAAAAACCAACGCAAAGAAACCAAAUAGCUUAUACAAACUGGUGAAAAAGAUAUUAGAUAUACUAAGCACUGGGUUUGUUUAGAUUUUGUUUAAUUAUUCCAAUAUCUUAUGUGUUGGUAGGAUAAGACGCUCAGCUCAUUGAAAUAGUCUAAUUUACAACUUGAAAUUUAUUGACUUUGUGAAUCAAUACAACUGACUGUCACUAGUAAAAAAUUAAAGAAAAUCGUCUCAUAAGAUCCUCUAGUUUGCUUGGUUUAUGUUACGAUCUUUAACCAACAAAAUAUCUUCAGAACAAAUAUCAGCCUAUAAACGAUCUAAAGCCUGUUAGUAGUAUAACAGCAAUCGAAACGUCAAUUUAUAAUUCCUAACUCCUUCAUUUAUAAAAAUGAGUGUUCCUUCUAUUCGGUUUAAGUGCACUAUGAACAAUACGAUUCUUGAUGUCCUAAGAAACCGUGGGUGGAUUGAGGUUUGCAGGGAAGAAGAAUGUGAUUUCUUUUGGUGUGAUCCCAUGACAAUGAAAGAGUUAUUUGAUCACGGAUUAAUGGGCAAUAUAACGAAGAUUUGUCAUUUUCGGAAUCACUUUGAGCUUACACGUAAAAAUUUAAUGGUUAAAAAUUUGAAACGUUUAAAACGUAAAUGGGAAAAGGAAUAUAAUAAACAAGAAAGUCAAAUAUUGGAUUUUUUCCCAACAACAUUUGAACUUCCAAUGGAAUAUCAUAUGUUUAUUGAAGAAUUUCGUAAAUAUCCCGGUUCUAUAUGGAUUAUGAAACCGAUUGCUAAAUCACAAGGCAAAGGAAUAUUUCUAUUUCGUAAAUUAAAAGAUAUUGAAGCAUGGAAACGUACUGGAAUGAAAUUUGAACAACAAACUGUUGGUGAUAUACAAAAUCGUGAACUACCUGAAACUUAUGUUGUAUCAAGAUAUAUCACUAAUCCAUAUUUGUUAUGUGGACGUAAAUUUGAUUUACGUGUAUAUGUUCUUGUUACAUCGUUCAAUCCAUUGAAGGUUUGGGUUUAUAGAGAUGGAUUUGCUCGUUUUUCCAAUACAAGAUUUUCAUUAGAUUCUAUUGAUGAUCAAUAUAUACAUUUGACAAAUAUUGCUGUACAAAAGACUGCACCUGAUUAUGAUGCUGAAAAAGGUUGUAAAUGGUCUAUAGGUUGUUUACGUCGACAUCUUUUAUCUAUAUACGGCUAUAAAAAAGUUGCCGAGUUGUUUCAUCAAGUGGAUAUAAUAUUUAUUGGAAGUUUAUUAAGUGUUCAAAAGAUUAUUAUCAAUGAUAAACGUUGCUUUGAAUUAUAUGGUUAUGAUAUAUUACUUGAUGAUAAUUUACGACCAUGGUUAUUAGAAAUUAAUGCAUGUCCAUCAUUGACAGCUUCAUCUAAAGAAGAUUAUACAUUAAAAACUAAUCUUUUGAAUGAUAUGCUGGACGUCGUGGAUUUGGAGGGUCGUUUAACAAGUUUUGAGAAACGUGUUGGCGAUUUUGAUCUGAUCUGGGAUGAUGGUCCUAUUCACCCUACUUCUGAUACUACAGAAGGUUGGCUAAUCAAUGCACUGAACACUAUAAAUCCGUUUAAUUCAGAAAAUUCAUCGGAAUCAGUACAUGUGUUUGGACCUAAUGGACUACCUAGACUUAAUUCAUUUCUUGGCUGUACUUCACGUCAAUCAGCUAUAUAUAAGUUGGACUCGAAAUGUUAGUUUCUGGACAGUGAUACAAAGCUACUAGAGUACGUUUCCGACAGAAGCUGGAACUUCUAUACCAUACAUUGCAUCCCAUAUCAGUGUAUAGUCUGAUGCUGCAAUCGAGUCAUUCAUUGGAUGAUUGGCUGGUAAUUCGAAUGAUAUGAUGUUUGAAUUCUAUACACAUCGAUCGAAAAUUUGGUGCGACAACAGAUAUCAAAGAUGCUGACCUCCUAUUUGGUUUUUUUUCAGUUAGUUUCAAACUUGGAAGCAAUUAUUUAUAUUCAGGAAUUUGCUUCAUGAUUUUUUUGUCGAUAACAAUGGGAUUGAAUAUAAUGUUUGAUAUUCCAAGGCUCUCGGCCUGCUAUUUUUAGCCGGCGAGGUCAGAACGAGUAUCCAGUCUACCUGCAUAUGGGUGUGAUAGCACGAGAUGAGGAUGGACAAGAAUCAUUCUGGACUAAAUCGUGUGCCAUCUGUUAGGGAUGCAGAGGAAUAUACCAAUCAUUAUCAUGUUAAGUCUAAUGAUGUCCUUGGACUUUAAAUGGACAUUCCCUACUGGCCACUCGUUAAAUUUUGUACAGAUGUUGUUUUCUAUUUUUAUGGUACGAUGUGGUCUGUUUGGUUGGUAUAUAAACAGAG